AUGGUUUCCCCGUGGAGCGUGCUUAAAGGGUCGUCUUUCGCCCUUAUCAACCUCGGCGCGCAGUCGGGCAGCGAGUUCGAUGGGUUCAAGUCGUGGACGGCCAGCGGCGCGCCCGCUAAGUGCUCCAAGUACUAUGGCGUGACGUGCGACGCGGAGGGCAAGAUCGUCGCCAUCCACGUCCCGUCUGCCCGUCUCGUGGGGCCCAUCGACGCGCUCUCCUCGCUCGAACAGCUGUACCGCCUCUCGCGUUCUCUCACUUUCUGUCGCCUUCUCUCACUUUCUGUCGCCUUCUCUCACUUUCUGUCGCCCUCUCUCACUUUCUGUCGCCUUCUCUCACUUUUUGUCGCCUUCUCUCACUUUCUGUCGCCUUCUCUCACUUUUUGUCGCCUUCUCUCACUUUCUGUCGCCUUCUCUCGCUUUCUGUUGCCUUCUCUCACUUUCUGUCGCCUUCUCUCACUUUCUGUCGCCUUCUCUCACUUUCUGUCGCCGUCUCUCACUUGCUGUCGCCGUCUCUCACUUUCUGUCGCCGUCUCUCACCUUCUCUCGCCGUCUCUCACUUUCUGUCGCCGUCUCUCACUUUCUGUCGCCUUCUCUCACUUUCUGUCGCCUUCUCUCACUUUCUGUCGCCGUCUCUCACUUUCUAUCGCCGUCUCUCACUUUCUGUCGCCGUCUCUCACUUUCUGUCGCCGUCUCUCACUUUUUGUCGCCUUCUCUCACUUUCUGUCGCCUUCUCUCACUUUUUGUCGCCUUCUCUUGCUUUCUGUCGCCUUCUCUCGCUUUCUGUCGCCUUCUCUCACUUUCUGUCGCCGUCUCUCACUUUCAGUCGCCGUCCCUCACUUUCUGUCGCCUUCUCUCACUUUCUGUCGCCUUCUCUCACUUUCUGUUGCGUUCUCUCACUUUCAGUCGCCUUCUCUCACUUUCUGUCGCCUUCUCUCACUUUCUGUCGCCUUCUCUCACUUUCUGUCGCCUUCUCUCACUUUCUGUCGCCUUCUCUCACUUUCUGUCGCCUUCUCUCACUUUCUGUCGCCGUCUCUCACUUUCUGUCGCCUUCUCUCACUUUCUGUCGCCUUCUCUCACUUUCUGUCGCCGUCUCUCACUUUCUGUUGCCGUCUCUCUCUUUCUGUCGCCUUCUCUCGCUUUCUGUUGCCUUCUCUCACUUUCUGUCGCCUUCUCUCUCUGUCUCGCAUUUCUCUGAUCUAG